CUCCCUCUGCUCCAGGCUCCUGAAGCCAUGAGGGUGGCUCGCAGUUAAGUUAAAAGCUUUUGUAGGGGUCGGAGAUGUCCAAGAACUCCCCUCCUUCCCCGCACCCUGACUCAAACCAAGCUGGACUGUUAUUUCCUCUUCUCGCUUGGGUCAAGAAAUCGCAUCUAGCAUCUUUAUGGCUUUGCGUUGACAAUGUACCGAAACAAGGAAGUGGUGUACAUGCCUGCUUAAAAACAGGCAUGGGCUUGGGUAACACGGUGACUUUCAGAAGUGCUUUUCCUCUGCUCUGUCCUCUUUUUAAUAUGAUCUGUGUGAAGCUCUGGCUGAGAAGGCUGGGCUACAGCAGGUUGAAAAUGCCACAUAAGAAACCUGAUGAUAAAGCCAUCUGACCGUAUGCGUGCCUUUGGGUUGUAACGACUGUUCGUCUUAUUGCCAGGUUUUGAUGCCAGUGGGGUGGAGUGGCAGUAGCUGCUAACACAAGUCUUCUGCAUCCCGACUCUGAGACCUGCUAGUUGUCGCAACUUCGGUUGAGUCUGUUGGAUCCACUUUGCUACUGUCAUCUCUUCCUGCAUGGCUGAGAGUUGUUCCAUGUCGGAGAUUCCAAGCUCCUGGGAAAUAUACCAGCAAAACGUAGCAUAUCUGCCAGAUGCCGAAAUGGAGAUUAUGGCAGCGAGCACCUCGCUGCCUGACCCAGCCGGCGAAUUCGAUAGGAACAUUCCCCGGAUCUGCGGCGUCUGCGGGGACAAGGCGACGGGCUUUCAUUUCAAUGCCAUGACGUGUGAAGGCUGCAAAGGGUUCUUCAGGAGGAGCAUGAAAAGGAAAGCAAUGUUCACGUGCCCCUUCAACAGCGACUGCAAGAUCACCAAAGACAACCGGCGGCACUGCCAGGCCUGUCGGCUGAAGCGCUGCAUCGACAUUGGCAUGAUGAAAGAGUUCAUCCUGACAGACGAGGAGGUCCAGAGGAAGAGAGAGAUGAUAAUGAAGCGCAAGGAGGAGGAGGCACUGAAAGAGAGCAUGAAGCCCAAGCUGUCGGAGGAGCAGCAGAACGUCAUCGACAUCCUGCUCGAGGCCCAUCGCAAGACCUACGACCCGACCUACUCUGACUUCACCCAGUUCCGGCCUCCUGUGAGAUCCAGCGAGGACCAAAGACUGACCAGGUCAUCAUCUGUCCUGACGCAGGGUUUUUCAUCGGAAGAUUCCUCGGAGCCUUUUGGUUCUUCUCCAGAUUCAGUGGAGCAUGGCAUGUUCUCAAACCUGAUGCUGAGUGAGCCUGAAGAGAGCCCAUCUAUGAGCAUCAACUUUUCGCCCCUCAGCAUGCUUCCCCACCUGGCCGACCUGGUUAGCUACAGUAUACAGAAAGUGAUCGGCUUUGCCAAGAUGAUCCCUGGGUUCAGGGAUCUCACGGCGGAAGAUCAGAUCGCCCUGCUAAAGUCCAGCGCCAUUGAAGUCAUUAUGCUCCGCUCAAAUCAGUCCUUCACCUUGGAGGACAUGUCAUGGAACUGCGGCAGCAAUGACUUCAAAUACAAAGUCAGUGAUGUUACCCAAGCGGGUCACAACAUGGAGCUGCUGGAGCCACUUGUGAAAUUCCAGGUGGGCUUGAAGAAGCUGAACCUGCACGAAGAGGAACACGUGCUCCUCAUGGCCAUCUGCAUCCUCUCCCCUGACCGCCCCGGCGUGCAGGACACCACGCUAGUGGAGACUCUUCAGGACCGCCUCUCCAAUAUCCUGCAGAGCUACAUCCGGUGCCGACAUCCUCCCCCGGGCAGUCGCUUGCUCUACGCCAAGAUGAUCCAGAAGCUGGCGGAUCUGCGGAGCCUCAACGAGGAGCAUUCCAAACAGUACCGCUGCCUCUCCUUCCAGCCGGAGCACAGCAUGCAGCUCACGCCACUGGUCCUGGAAGUCUUCGGCAAUGAAAUCUCCUGAUUCUUUUUCUGGAUGCAGGGAUAAGCACCCAGAAAUAAAAGGAUAAGUCAGGCCAGCUUCCCUUAGGUGAGCAAAUUGAGAGGGGUGCCCCUUAGCAGGGGGUUGUAUAUAGGUAGAUCAUUUUCACACUACUGGAAGUCCUGUGUUGUCUGCGCACCAGCAGUCACCUGGGUCAGCUUUCUGCAGAGCGGCGAGCAACCCAGCCAAGCAUUUAUUUCCCCCCUCCAUUGAGUGGCUUUUCUCCUUGCCUUCCUUCUGGAAGCGGCCGAUUUAUCCCUUUCUGGAUGUCGUAAGGCUGGCUGCAACCUUCGUGCUCGGACCCUGCCUCACACCAGCUCCUAUUUUAUUUUAUUUUUAUUCUUUGUUCAUGUGUUC